CCUUCAUCUUCACCAACGAAACGAACGAAAGGAGUGAGUGUAAAGAACGAGGACAAUUCUGAGUGUUUACCUAACAACAAAGCGUAAUCCAAAACCAAAGCCACGUGCCUCUGCUUCGCCUACUGCGUUGAAAACACACAUUACCAAUCGAUUCGCAGUGGGUGUCUCGCACAAAACACACACACCAAAAUGGGAAGCUUCUUUUCACAUCCCACCGGGAUGGAAGUGGUCAAAAAGAAUCAGGAAUACAUUUCCGAGAUGAAUAAAAUAAAGAUGGAACGCUGGAUUCAGAUGCACUUCCAGAUGAAGGAACGUGAAACGGCAAUGCAAAUCUCCCGGGCCCGGGAGCUGUUCUACUGGCUCGCCUCGUUCUAUGCCGUAUCGACCGUCGGACUGAUUGGACGGUUCCGCACUACCAAGCGCCCUGGAACGCUGGCCCCCAUCGUACCGCUUUCGUUUGUAGUUGCAUACUACGCCGACCUUGCCUACGGCACAAAGAUACAUCGAAUACAAGCGGAAGCGGAAAUGAUAAUGCACAACGAACCGGAGCUGUUGGAGUGGCCAAGCGGACUGCCCACCGUCUCCGAGAUCGAUUCAGCAAGGCUCGAUAUCGAUGACAAAAUUCGACUCCAUCCACAUCAGCUGUAAAAGGCUGCGGAGUAAGAUUGUUGGUCCGAUCGAUAAGCGUACCCAGAGACAGCAACAGUAUUAAAAUGAGAGGACAGCGAGUGUGUGUGUGCUUUAGGGAAAGUAUCCAAAUAGUAUAUUCAAAGAGAGUUAACACAACAAACCAAACCAAGCACUGCAAUAUUUGGAGUGAGAUUGCACCAAAAUGAACCGCGUUAACACGCCAGCAUAUAGUUGUAUAAGAGCAUCUUCAGAGUGGAGCUUUCUCUUGUCUUAUACUUUGCACUAUCCAGCAUUUAGUCGUCUAAACAGCAUAUCAAAGCUAAUUUCCAAUUUUGCGAGCCAGUCGAAUGUCAACUUCUUCGCUAUUUCAAACUAUACAUGCACAAGUACUCUUUCUCUGGAUGUGCUCCCUAUUAGCGCAAGCUCUUACCACACGCUCUAGUCGUAUAUUAACGUACUGUCCCGUUUCUAGUCAUUUUAACUGGUAACCUACCCUUUCGAACAACUCUCCUGCGGAAACGAUAACAAUAACAGAUAAGUGCAUUUAAUCCUGUUCGCUCUUUGAUGUAAUUACCCUAUUAACAAGGGGUGUAUCGGAAUGUGAGGGUGGUUUUAAAAGGAAACCGACAAAUCGGUUUCAACGCAUUCGAACUACUGCAUGCAAUAAUAACAUUUACAUCCUUUAUACUGUUACUCCAAAAUAACGUCAACCACACGUGCCACGUGGUAAAAAUGGGCCUUGUUCGAGUGUGUAUGUGUGCGUGUGUAUGUGUCACUUUUUAAAAUCGAAUUCCUCACUCCUGUUAAAAGCGUGAUCCUAAACCAUUAAUAAAACCGUACGAAACCAU